CUGCAGUGGUUGGGAGGUGGUUGUCUCGGUUCCGGAGCCAGAGAAAAAACGGCCGAUGUUUGAGGGAUAGUAGAAGAGCAGUUUUGAAGGUGGAAAACUCAAACCAAACAUCAGAUCAAGAUCUGCCAGAGUCACUUGAUUCAUCAUGACCUAACCGUAUGUUUGUUUUAUGUGUGCUGAAAGUCUGUGACUGGCAUUAGCGAAGGGCAGGAAGGGAUUUGAAAACAAGGAUGAGAAUUUGAAACUGAGUUCCUGUUUGACCAGGAGCCUUUGUAGGUCAGUGAGGACAGGGUGAUGGGUGAACGAACAGGACUCAGUGCAGAAAACAUAGACAGUGGAGAUUUAGAAAAUCUCAAUUUUCUGACAGUUUGAAUGUGGGAGGCCAUCCAGAAGUGAAUUAGAAUAGUCAAAUUUGCUUCACUAAUGUCCUUCGGGGAAGGGAACCUGCCACCCAGUCUGGGUCUACACAAGAUUCUGGCAUCUAUUGAAGGACAGAAAGAGGGAGAGAAGAGAGAGACUGAACAGAGAGGUGGGAGCAGCAGGUAGUGAAGGAGAUGAUCUUAUUACCCGCUUCUCGUCAAGAAUUCUCUUGGAAUCUCCCUCCAUCUCCAUCCAGGGUAGCAGGACCAUGUGAACCAGUUGGGUUUUUAUGACAAUCCAGGUUUCAUGGUCACUUUAUCCUCGUGCCGGCCCCAUAAAUUACUAGAUUCAUUCAGCUCAAUUUCACAACCGCCUUUGUGUAUUUGUGGGUUCUCUCUCACUCCAUUUUUUCCUCUUUUAAAUCAGUUUCAGAAGGGGAGGAUUUGCAGUCGGGAAACUGAAACCAAACAUCACAUCAGGAUCUGACGGAGUCGUCCAAUUUAUCGUAACCUGAAUAUCAUUGGAUUUUGAACAUGGAGGGAAAAAGCACCGUUCACAGUGGGGAGAAACCGUACACGUGUUCUGUGUGUGGACGAGGCUUCAGCCGAUCAUCUGGCCUGUCAAAACACAAAUGCAGGGACAACAGGGAGAAACUGUGGAAAUGUGGAGACUGUGGAAUGGGAUUCAAAUCCCCGUCUAAACUGGAAACUCAUCGGCGCAGUCACACUGGGGAGAGGCCGUUCACCUGCUCUGAGUGUGGGAAGGGAUUCUCUCAGUCAUCCACCCUACUGAGACACCGACAAGUUCACACUGACGAGAGACCUUUUAAAUGUUCCGACUGUGGGAAGUGCUAUAAAAGUUCGCGGGAGCUGAUAUCCCAUCAACGUGUUCACACUGACGAGAGACCGUUCAGGUGCCCUCACUGUGGGACCGGGUUCAAGACGGUAACUCACCUCAAGAUACACCAGCGAGUUCACACUGGGGAGAAACCGUUCACCUGCUCUGAGUGUGGGAAGGGAUUCUCUCAGUCAUCCACCCUACUGAGACACCGACAAGUUCACACUGACGAGAGACCUUUUAAAUGUUCCGACUGUGGGAAGUGCUAUAAAAGUUCGCGCGAACUGAUGUCCCAUCAACAUGUUCACACUGACGAGAAACCGUUCAGGUGCUCUCAUUGUGGAACUGGGUUCAAGCAUUCACCUCAGCUCACUGUACACCUGCGAGUUCACACUGGGGAGAAACCGUUCACCUGCACCGUGUGUGGGAAGAAAUUUGCUCACUCAUCCAACCUCCUCUCACACCAGCGAGUUCACACUGAUGAGAGACCUUUUAAAUGCCCCGACUGUGGAAAGUGCUACAAAGGUUCCCAGGAACUGGUUGUCCAUCAGGGUGUUCACACUGACAAGAGACCAUUCAAGUGCUCUCAUUGUGGGACUGGGUUUAGGCGAUCAUCUGGUCUGAUUGUUCACCAGCGCACUCACACCGGGGAGAGACCAUUCAGCUGCUCUGAGUGUGGGAAGAAAUUCACUCGGUCAUUCCACCUGCUCAUACACCGGCGAGUUCACUCUGCGGUGAGGCCAUUCACCUGCUCCGUGUGUGGGAAGGGAUUCAUUCAGUCAUGCCACCUGCUGACACACCAGCGAAUUCACACGUAACUACUUGUGAUGUGAUUUUGAUGUUAAUCACAUCCGGGACUGAACUAUGGUCACUGCGGUCUGUUUCUGCUGAUGCUAACGAACUCCGGCCUAGUUAUAGAUGUUAAUAUUCUGGGUAAAGAAAAAUAAAUUACCUCUCUGUUCAACACACAUUAGA